ACCACAGACUGGGUGGCUUCACCAACAUAAAUGUAUUUUCUCACAGUUCUGAAGGCUAGAAGUGUGAGAACAAGGUGUUGACGCGGUUGGUUUCUUCUGAGGCCUCUCUCCUUGGCUUGCAGAUGGCUUUCUCCUCCCUGUGUCCUCAUAUGGUCUUCCCUCUGCGUGUCCUGAUGUUCAAAUCUCCUCUUCUUAUGAGCACACCGGUCAUACUGGAUUAGGGCCCACCCUAUGCACCUCAAUUAUCUCUUUAAAGAACUUAUCUCCAAAUACAGUCACCUUCUGAGGUACUGGGGAUUAGGAGGUCAACGUAUGAACGUUGUGGGGAGGUUAGGGGGACAUAAUUCAGCCCAUAACAGGGGGUAAGGGAGGGAUGUAUGUUCCCCCUGGGAGGGGAGACCCCUUUAGUCCUAUUGGCCUUUAGAGGUAAAGGGCCAUGUACUAGACUGAGAGGAGGUGCGGAGUAUAGAAGUGCCUGGCCAGACAGGGGAGAGAGGUAAUGAAAGAAGAAAAGGAGAGCUUAGAAGCUUUCCUUCAAAUGGGCCCCUGCUAUGAUAUCCUGAGCCAUUUGAUACAAAACCUCAAGGUACACAGAAGACUUUGGGGUCCAGUCUGAUUCUUCCUUCUCCUAUUACAGAGAAAGAGGAAAAGAUCCUUUUCUUUCCAAGCAUCUGUCAUCUCUCCCUCUCUCUACCUCCUGAAAGAGCUCAAUUCCACAAACACUGUUUAUUCUAGGCAGUAGGCUGGGAAUACGGAACAAAACUCUUUGCAUGCUGUAUUCUGGCCCAAGCUGUAUUCUGGCUAACUCAUCCCAUUUGCUCCAGGGCCAGCUUAAUGAAGACAAAUUGAAGGGCAAACUGAGAUCUUUGGAAAACCAGCUGUACACCUGUACCCAGAAGUACACUCCUUGGGGAAUGAAUAAGGUGCUAUUAGAGAUGGAAGACCAGAAAAACAGCUAUGAGCAGAAGGCCAAGGAGUCACUGCAGAAAGUGCUGGAGGAGAAAAUGAGUGCAGAACAGCAACUGCAGAGCACACAGCGGUCCCUGGCUCUGGCCGAGCAGAAGUGUGAAGAGUGGAAGAGCCAGUACGAGGCUCUGAAGGAGGACUGGAGGACCCUGGGGACCCAGCACAGGGAGCUGGAGAGCCAGCUCCACGUGCUUCAGUCCAAACUGCAGGGAGCAGACAGUAGAGACUUACAGAUGAACCAGGCCCUAAGGCUUCUGGAGAAUGAGCGCCAGGAGCUGCAGACCAAGACUGAACGCCUGCAGCGGGACAGAGACCUGUGCAGCUCGGAUACCCAGCACCUACAAGAUCAACUAAAGAGGUCAGAGGAGGAGAAACUUGCCCUGGUGACCAAAGUACAGCAGUUGCAGAGUCUGCUUCAGAAUCAAUCCUUACAGCUUCAAGAACAGGAGAAACUCUUAACAAAGAAAGCUCCCCAAGUAGAAACCACGUCACAUGGAACGGUCACCUUACUCUCAGCCCUCAAGUCUGCUGCCUUAGCUUCCUGAGAAGAAUUCAUCAUACAUCUGGAGGGGCAAAAGCUCCUCAUUUAUCCACUGCACAUGGCCCUCUGUUUUGUCAUCACAAUCACUGGGUAGAAUAUAAAGAAGGAAUUAUUAUGCCCACAUAGGAUGGAUAAGAAAAUGAAGGUAAAUGAAGGUCUGUGGUCAUACAAAUUAAGGACACAGCUAUGACCACAAUCCAGAAUUUCUGACUCCCAGGCCAGGGCUCUCUUCACCAAGAUGCAGACUGCCAGGUGGCUGAAAAACCAUCUUUAACUACAUGAAGAUGAGUUAUAUGACUGCCAUUCUCAUCUCAUCAUUUUGAAACAAGGACAGAAGGAAAAUGGAGUUAUACUGAAGCAUCCAGCAAACCUCCCAGUCUAAAAGAUGUGACAUGCAACCAAAGAAACUAAAUUAAUAAGUAUUUUCUAAAAGUAUCUGGCUUUAGACAGGACUAGAGAUACAGAGAAAAGUAAAAUGCCAACCUUGCCCUCAAGGGGCUCAAAUUCCCACUCUCUGUCCAGUCUGGGCAGGAUCCCAAUGGAUGUUCUUUAAAAGUCAGAGAAUUGCAAUCCACACGGUCUGGCCAGGGACAGGCCCUUCCUUAUUCCCUCCCGCUUAGGGCUUCUCUCAGUGUGUAGGGACCAUUCCUCAGAGGUAUGGGCCUCACUUUCAAUGCGAAUCUGGCUGAUUUUUUAGAUCAGGCUUUGCCUGCGUGGAGUCCAAAGCCCUCCCAUAACGAAGUGGUCCAGGGAAGGAGAAGGACUGGGAUUUCAGAGACCAGCUCCAAAGGAAAACUUUGCAGCUCCUGGCCAAGGAAAAGGAGGUGAGAUGGUGACCUCCG